CCUCAACAGCCCGACAUUUGAAUUACCAUACUCGCAUCACGCUUACUGAAAAUCCUACGGUCCAUAUUGGUCACCAGAUCCGGUCCUUUUUGCUGCAGGUAUCCAAUCAGGCUGCGUAUCCAUCUGUCACGACGAAUCAACCAGUGCUUGGUGCCUAGUAGCGUCAGUCGGUGCUUCCCAGCCGCACGGGAAGAUAGCAACUAUUUGGCCUAUCAGUCUCAACUGAUUCAGGUACAAGAUACAAGUGUUCUCUUAGCUGCCCUCUGGAAACCCCAAGACAGCCUCACAUUUCCACGGCGAAGUGUUGGACCAAGCCCGAAUCCAUUCAUCUAUACCAACCUAAGAGAAUUGCAAACAUGAAAGUCGCCUGUCUCCAAUUCGCCCCAGAAGUCGGGCGCGUCCCAGAAAACAUCCAAAGAGCGGAACGUAUCCUCCAGUCCACCGCCAUUCCUCACGACCUAGCCUGGCUCGUCCUUCCCGAACUCGCCUUCUCAGGCUACAACUUCCAAUCGCUCGAGGAGAUCCAACCCUUCCUCGAGCCCACCACAUCCGGCGUAUCAACCCAAUGGGCGCAGAAAGUAGCAAAACACUACAAUUGCCACGUCACAAUCGGCUACCCAGAGAUCACCACCCCAGCCACCAAUCCUGCCGACAGUCAAACGCAGUACAACUCCACCGUCACUGUAUCGCCAGAUGGAGAAAUACUAAACAACUACCGGAAAUCCUUCCUUUAUUACACAGACGAGACAUGGGCAUCUGAAGGGCCCGGUUCGAAGUCGCAUAAGCUAUCCAAUCCCUCAUCGCCGGAUUCUCCCUUCUAUACCGGCCAGCUCGGUAGUCUAGGGAAAGUUACCAUGGGAAUAUGUAUGGAUAUAAAUCCUUACAAGUUUGUCUCCCCAUGGGCUGACUACGAGUUCUCUACUCUCGCUUUAACAUCUCAAUCUCCGAUUGUUUGCAUAAGCAUGGCUUGGCUGUGCCAUCUCACUCCUACGGAACUCGCACAGGAGCCAUCGCAGCCAGAUGUAGCGACGGUAGCGUAUUGGGUGGAACGAUUUCAACCACUCGUUGAAGCCAAGGGAGACAAGCCCGUCUAUGUCAUCAUGGCGAAUCGUUGUGGAAUGGAAAAGGGCGUCUGUUAUGCCGGUAGUAGUACGGUGAUACGAAUUGAGAAGGGUGUUGUCAGUCUGUACGAGACAGCGGGCAAGAGCGAAGAGAGUUGUUUGAUUGUGGACCUGACUCAGCGACCGAAGUUCCAGGUGAGGAGUGGGAGGUGAUGGGUCAGAGAGCGUCAACAUGAGGGCUUCACCUCAUACAAGGAAAAGACUGAACACUCUGCAGCGUACGCCGACGCCAG